AGGUGUAUGGUGCAUGUAUGUGUGAAGACGGUAGGCGCUGUGAUAUCGAUCGCACGUAAUAUUGCGCGCUACGAGACCGUGUUCCGACCUAAACUCUCCAACGCCCGGCGCCCCUCGUGUGUUCCACUUGCUCCGGUAUAGUACAACCGCCUACAGACGUACGAUUUAUGGCGUGAAUAGAGAUACCGUGUCUGUGCAUGUGUGCGCGCCACGCCGGUCUCUUUGUUAAAACGUUGCAUCAAGUGAGAUGGGUAGAUUCGCUGAUAGCCAUGAUGACGACAUGAUGACGCUUGUUCGAUACGGUGGAUUGCUGCACAGGCUGAACAAUAGUAUAAACGGAAUUUGAGAUUACUCCGAGGAUAAUGUGGGGAAGAGCAAAUAUGGCGGCCGUGAUCCUUCUUCUAGGAUGGCUAUAUGUUUUCGCUCGCGCAGAAGCCGGCAAUGCUGAAGUAACGUCCACCGAGACCGAGGCGGAAACUAUUCUUGAGCGAGCGGUCACGUGGCUGUGGAGUCAACGGGACAAAGAUGCCGGUUGGGGUAACGAUACGCAUCGAGUACUCCUAGUCCUUCGUCUGGCGAAUCUCUCCCACGACGACAAUGUCACGCCGUCGGCGCCACCACUGGAGCUGCAACUCACCGCCAAGCAGAUGGAACUGGAAAUCGUGCUUUUGCUCUGGAGGUAGAUCUGCGAGAUAUAAUCAAAUAGGAUUUUUUUAGAAAAAUGUUUUUCUUUUAUUUUCUUCUCUCUCUCUCUCUCUCCCUCUUCCUCUCUCCCCACC